AUGGAGUACUUCGACUUCGAAGCCGCUUCUCAUGGUUCCCAGACCUACUAUGAUGAUGUCGCUUCUGACUGCAUUGAGGCUGAUGAAAGCGAAUUCGCUGCCAAUCUCGACUCUGUUCGUGAUCAGUCCUUGGACAUGCCUGACGACCCACUACCACCACCACCGCCGCCAGCAGUCCGCUGCUCUCCCAGACAGCAGCAGGUGGAAGAUGUCGCGCCUGACCUGUCUCCUGGAAGGGACACCGUCACCCCUAUGGCAAUUAUCCCUGCCAGUGAACCCUGUGACUUUUGCAGACACAUGCGGUUGGACUGCUUCGUUGCGAAGUCGGGAGUGAUGCAGAAGAGCUGCUCCUGCUGCACCUCUCUCUACCGCCAAUGCAGCUUCUCACAUGCCAAACCGCCGGGCAAGUUUCUGGACACCCUGCAUUCUCUGACCGAAGAUGUGGAUAUUCCAACAGGCAGCCUGACCGGGAAGAGAGCCCUUAAAUCUCUGACAGGCAAAGCAAACCCAAGUGAUCCGGACACACGGCGCAAGAAGAGUGCCGCUCGAUUUUCACGCGAGGUGGUGCGCACCUUGAAGAAUUGGCUCCGUGAACACAGCCAACAUCCUUAUCCAACGGAGCAGGAGAAGGAUGAGUUAGAGCAGCACACUGGUUUGAACAGGGUCCAAAUCUGCAAUUGGCUUGCGAACGCCAGACGGCGUGGAAAACAACGCGAUGACUAUUUCAGUCAGGGAGCCUCGGAAUCAGACAUAUCCCUCAUGACUCCCCUCGAACGUUGGAAGCAUUUGCCACCAGAAAACGAACCCGUUUCAAGAUCCGAUAUUCUUCGAGCUUUGGAGAAUACAUCGAUCGAUGGGACCUCCGCGCCAGGGGAUCCCGCGCGUUCACUUUCUCACAGGUCCAGCAAUGACUCAGGCUUCAAUAACUAUACGAAGCCAAGCAUGCUAAAUACCCCGUCGGUCAGCAGUUUUGAGACUAGCCAGUCUUCUGAUAUAUCAUUUGCGCUUUCCCAUCGGUCGUCGUUGAAGUCGUCCAGCUCCGCCGACAGGAGAGAACGUCGCCGUCGUCAUCGUAAGAAUACACUGCCUCUCAAUCACUUCAACCAGCAGAAGUCUCGGGGCGAUCGUAUUUUCCAAUGCACUUUCUGCGUCGAUUCGUUUCAUUCAAAGUAUGAUUGGCAGCGCCAUGAAAAGUCUCUGCACCUGCCGCUGGAUAGGUGGACCUGCGCUCCCGAAGGGGGAGCCACACUUGUGAAUGGUACAUAUCUCUGCGUGUUUUGCAAGGCGCCCAAUCCGGAUAGCGACCAUCUAGAAUCGCACAACUAUAGUGCCUGCCAGGAGAAGAGACCACAGGAGAGGACGUUCUAUCGUAAAGACCAUCUGAAUCAACACCUGAGAUUAGUGCACAACGUCAAGUAUGAUUCCUCCAUGGAGAAAUGGCGUAAAACUAUAACUGAGUUGAGAUCUCGAUGCGGGAUUUGUGGAACUUGGUUCUCGACCUGGAAUGAACGAAUCGAGCAUCUAGCUACACAUUUCAGGAAUGGGGACGACAUGAGCAAAUGGGAAGGAGAUUGGGGGUUUGAGCCUUGGGUCCGGAGCCUGGUGGACAAUGCCAUGCCUCCGUACCUCAUUGGCCAGGACAAGAAGUCAAUGCAUCCAUUUUCGGCCUCGGACCGUCUUCAACAGAUCAGUGACCCGGCCAGCACGGCGCCUCCAAUACUUAGAGUGCCGGAAGAUUCAAAUUGUUUUGCUCGUCUGGAACGCGAACUCAAAGCAUUUAUACAUGAUCAGCUUGCAGCGGGAGUUGUCCCGACAGACCUGAUGAUACAGGAUCAGGGCCGAAGGAUCAUAUACGGCUGUGAUGACCGUUGGAACCAGACAUGUGCUGACAAUCCAGUUUGGUUGAGUAUUCUCAAGCGCGACUCGGGACUCGACGUCAUCCCAAAUUCCGACCAUAUUCGGUUGACGAGCCUGGCAAUGCAACCGCCUUUUGCGAGGGACGGUGGCUUACGGUCGGCCCCUGUUGAGACAAAUCCUGUGGCGAGAACCUUAGGGGAGCCGUGGCCUAACAGUCCUGGCCAUUCUGGUUUCCAUUUUCAGGGUCCUGCAGCCCAGCAACGCUCCGGGCGGCCAAGUUUUCCCUCCAGCAUGGCGAGCAGUUACAUCGACAACGCUGGAGCGGUUUCUGCUAGUACAUCAGCAGGCUUUUCAAACAAUUGGCGAAACAGCUACUCUGCUGCGACUUCCUCCUCUUCCAUUAAUGUAGGUGGGCCUGCGGGGAUGGACUUUGACCCGGGAUUUUUGCAGGAACUGAACGGCAGCUAUGAAAAGCUCCGGGGGAACGACGCCGAUGUAAUGGACGGAGAACAUUUCAACACGGUCAAUCGAUACCCUGAUAUAUACACAAGACGUGAGCUUGUCAACUAG